AAAAAGAAAAGGACUUUCGAGAACAUUUUUUGGCGGUUAAUUAACUGAAAUUAAUUAUGGAACAGCAAGUUAUGAAAGCAAGACCACUGGUUUUUCUUGCUCAGAAUCCUUUUGCUCAAACCUCCAUACAUUCUCUGUCCACACUAAAAAUCACAUUUUUCCAUCUUAAACCAACAACAUGGAAGGAAGUGAAAUUAAGGAGGAAAAAGAAGCAGGUAUUGGUCAGAAGAAGAAAAUAUUUGUUGCUGGUGCAACUGGGAACACAGGGAAGAGGAUUGUUGAGCAGCUUUUGGCUAAGGGUUUUGCUGUUAAAGCUGGGGUUCGUGAUGUUGACAAGGCUAAAUCUGUUUUACCCGAAGCAAACCCUUUUCUUCAAAUUGUGAAAACCGAUGUGACAGAGGGAUCAGCUAAACUAGCCGAUGCCAUUGGUGAUGAUUCCAAUGCGGUAAUAUGUGCUACAGGUUUCCAGCCUUCGUGGAACUUGUUGACACCUUGGAAGGUUGAUAAUUUUGGCACAGUGAACCUUGUGGAUGCAUGCCAAAAACUUGGUAUUGAUAGGUUCAUCCUUAUAAGUUCAAUUCUUGUCAAUGGGGCUGCAAUGGGUCAGUUGUUCAAUCCAGUCUAUAUAAUCCUUAAUGUUAUGGGACUCGUAUUGGUAGCAAAGCUUCAAGCUGAGAGAUACAUUCGAAAAUCUGGCAUCAACUACACAAUAAUUCGGCCUGGUGGGCUAAAAAACGAUCCUCCACAAGGGAAUAUAGUCAUGCAACCAGAGGAUACUCUUUUUCGAGGCUCAAUAUCUAGAGAUCAGGUAGCUGAAGUUGCAGUCGAGGCAUUGCUCCAUCCAGAAUCUCAUUACAAAGUCGUGGAGAUAGUGGCUAGUACCGAUGCCCCUAAACGUUCAUUCGAGGAACUCUUUGGUUCAAUAGAACAACAGUGACUUUUCUUGAAGAAAAAAUGGAGUGUUCCAAGAAGUUUGUCAUGGUUUUCACCAUUUGCUUAAUGGUUCUUUUAGCUUUUGGAAAUGUUGGAGUUUUAGCUGCAGAAGCACCAGCACCUUCACCUUCUAUGGAGAGUGCUGGAGUUACAUUGUUUGUUCCUCUUCUAAUGGCUGUCGUUGCUUCAAUGGCUGCCGUCUUUUUCUAAAGUUUCUAUUUUUUUGCUCCUUAAAUUCUUGUUUCUUUUCCUGUAAUCUUGAGAUUAUUUGUUGGGAUCUUGAUAUCUAAUAAGAAUUUAAUUUCAUUCGGAGAGAA